UAUUAAGGAAUAAAUAAUACUCUUUCAAGCAUGAUAUAAGAUUCUCAGCCCCUUUGUUUUGGAUUCAGUUUUAUCUUAUAUGCUUUUUUCAUUCUUUUCAGUGGAAUGAAGAAUAGUAGUUAUGAUAUUAAAUGCAAAUUUUCUUUUUGAUCUGGCAUGUUCAAAAACUAGUACAAUAGUAGAGUAUACUCUUAAACUUAAUAAUGAAACAAGUGGGAAUUCUGAGAAGUUGGUGCUGGAAAAAAAUAGUAAUCCUCAUCUUGUCAGAAUUCGCACAGCUAAAACCUGGCAUUAAGCUUUCAAAUACUUUGUCAUUUCUCAGCACCUUGGAUUUAGGGGGCUGCGCAGUUACUUUGCACAGUAUGUUAAUUUUAAGGAGAAAUUUAUAGAAAAAGGAUGCCUUCUGCAUGCUCAGAGGACAUUCAUGUUUGUUGAAUGACUUGUCUGUUGGUUGGUUGAAGAAUUUCCAGCCAUAUCCUAUGAAGGGGUAAGACACUUUUUCCUCCAGUUUCAUUCAGAAUUCAGAAAAAAAUCAAUAGGAGGGAACAUUUUAUGUUCCCCAAAUUACUGUUAAUUCAUUAGGAGCUGUGUGUUCAACUCAUAGCUCUGACAGUAAUAAGAUCCUGAAUAUUUUAAGAUCACUGAAUGCUUACUGAUUUGCCUAGGUUAAAUUAUUUGGUACUUGGAACACAGAAACACCAGCUCUGCAAUCUGAAGUAACCCAUGAUGUCGAGUCCAUCCACAGUAAUGGCCGCGGCCUUACCCAGGACGCUGGGGGAGUUGCAGCUGUACAGAAUAUUACAAAAAGCCAAUCUGCUCUCUUAUUUUGAUGCCUUUAUCCAACAAGGUGGUGACGAUGUCCAGCAGCUCUGUGAAGCGGGGGAGGAGGAGUUCUUGGAAAUCAUGGCCCUCGUGGGCAUGGCCAGCAAGCCCCUUCACGUCCGAAGGCUCCAGAAGGCGCUAAGAGACUGGGUGACAAACCCCGGCCUGUUCAACCAGCCGCUGACGUCGCUGCCCGUCAGCAGCAUCCCCAUCUACAAGCUGCCGGAGGGCUCGCCCGCCUGGCUGGGCGUGUCCUGCAGCAGCUACGACAGGGGCAGCAGCGCCCGCGAGCCGCACCUGAAGAUCCCCAAGUGCGCCGCCGCCACCUGCGUGCAGAGCUUGGCUCAGGGCAAGGCCGACGCGGCGGGGAGCGUGGUGCUGCCGGGCCUCGGGGAGGCCAGACUCUGGCAGGGCCACCACGCCCCCGAGAGCGAACACAGCCUCUCGCCCGCCGACCUGGGCUCGCCCGCGUCCCCCAGAGAGAGCAGCGAGGCGCUGGACGCGGCUGCCGCGCUCUCCGUGGCCGAGUGCGUGGAGCGGCUGGCGCCGUCGCUGCCCAGGAGCGACGCGGGUGACGUGCGGGAGCUGCUGAGGAGCAACAAGAAGCUGGCCAAGAUGGUCGGCCACAUCUUCGACAUGAGCGACGACGACCCGCGCAAGGAGGAGGAGAUCCGCAAGUACAGCGCCAUCUACGGCCGCUUCGACUCCAAGAGGAAGGACGGGAAGCACCUCACGCUGCACGAGCUCACUGUUAACGAAGCGGCUGCUCAGCUCUGUGUGAAGGAUAACGCUCUGCUGACGAGAAGAGAUGAACUGUUUGCCCUGGCCAGGCAGAUUUCUCGAGAAGUCACCUACAAAUAUACCUACAGAACCACUAAGUCAAAAUGCGGAGAAAGAGAUGAAUUAUCCCCGAAGAGAAUUAAAGUGGAGGAUGGAUUUCCAGAUUUCCAGGACUCUGUGCAAACGCUCUUCCAGCAGGCCAAAGCGAAGAGUGAAGAGCUCACUGCUGUCGGUUCACAGCAGCCUGAAAAGGUGAUGGCAAAGCAGAUGGAGUUCCUUUGCACCCCAGCUGGCUAUGAGAGACUGCAGCACGCCGAGCGGAGGCUCCCGGCAGGGCUCUACAGGCAGGCCUCCGAGGAGCACAGCCCGAACGGCGCGGCUUCUGACACCUCGGAUGGGCAAGGAGAAAGACCUUUGAAUCUUCGAAUGCCUAAUUUACAGAACAGACAACCCCAUCAUUUUGUGGUGGAUGGAGAGCUGAGUAGACUUUACUCCAGUGAGGCGAAGUCCCAAUCAGAGAGUCUUGGGAUUUUAAAAGACUACCCUCACUCAGCUUUCACGUUAGAAAAGAAAGUCAUCAAAACAGAGCCUGAAGAUUCAAGAUAGCUGUGAUUCUCCCACUGUUCUCUGGAAAUGGCAGUUGAAGGAUAAUGCUCCGUCAUAGAACACGCCUUAAUAACCAGCGUUGCCUCAUUCACUCAAACAGACUUCAUAGCCAAAGCCUAAGGACUGAUUCGGAGUCUGCGGAAACCAGGAAGGGAACACGGCAGCCACAAAGGAGAAAAUUGAGAGAAUGUUGCAGUCUGUAACAGAAAUACUGAUCCAUUCACAUUCCUGUGUAAGUCGUUUUAUGUGGAAAAGCUUACAAAUUAAUAUUGUAAGCAUUCAUUAUUUAAGAAUGUACAAUGUAUUUGUGUAAUUUAUAGAAGUAAAAUCUAGAUGUGGAGACAUGUUUGGUCCAGUAAAUGUGGAUACAGUUUAUUUUACUUGAAAUUUCACUAUUUUAAGUGUGUUUAGCAUAAAUAUUAUUAUAGGUUAGAGUUUAGAAUCUUUGCAGUCAUAAAGAAAGUUUAAGCGAUGUAGUUAUUGGCAAGGUUGCAAUGGUUUUGGAAAAAUGGAAAGCAAAUGCUUACUUCAAACCAAGGAAAAUAUUGUGGAUUUAAUAUUUGAUAAAACCAACUUUGUUUAACAGGAAAUACGUCAUUUUUGGAAGUAAAAUGUCACUUUUGCUGGCUCAGACCCACUUAUACAAUUAAUAAAUACUAAAGUAAAGUUUAAAAGAUGACCAAGAGAGUAGAAAAUCUCUCUUACGUGGUUGAUUCGAAUUGUAGUAUAUCAUUCUCUCAUCAUAAAAAUAGGAAGCUGGUCCUUGGACAGAGAACUUG